UAAAGAGCGGGUGGGGAAGCAUAGAGAGGGAUGCAUAAAAGCAGACAGGGAGGUAGAGGGGCAGCCUGAGAGACAGCCUGCUUUGGAAAGUAACACAGGGAAAGAGACUGACCAUGGGGUCGAGAUAGAAUUAGAAUAUAGUAACAAGGGGACAGAGGAACUAACAAAGAAUAUUUAUGGGGAGGCAGGGUUUACAAUGGCCUCAGUUAAAAACACAGAGGCCUCAUUUGCGCGAAGAGUGCCCAUCAAACAUGAUGGGCGAGAGAGAGCAGUGGAAAGAGAGGUAAAGCGAAUGAGAGAAGAAAGCGAGAGAGGGAUGGAGAGGGCGAGGAGCACAGAGAGAGAGGUGGUGGGUGGAAGACAGGCAAAACCUCAAGUGAGGGAGAGAUGGGGGUCAGACUUUAGAAGAGGAUCAGACGCAAGGGACGUAAAGAGGAUGUCAGAAGUAAGGGACUGCACAAUUUCAGUUGAAACAACUCAACAAAACUGUGUGAUCACCCUCUCUGUAGACAGAGCCAGUCCUCCUCAGCCAGUCCUCCAUCACAGACAUGUGUCAGCAUUUACAGAGUGCUCAACCACCUUGCUCAACACUGUGGGGCAUAGAGGAACAGAUUGGCAUGGUGGUCAAGGAGCGCCGGGGCCCCAUUCAACCCAGUCAGCACUGUCACAGCACACAGGGGACCUUAUCAAUAAGAUAGGGAGAGUCGGAGAGACAGCAAAUGAACUUGACAAUCACAAAGGGACCCAAACAUUGACUCAGGAUAGCAAAGGCGUGAUGAGGGAGGACAGAGAGACUGUGAGAGGGAGCAAAGCUUAUAGGGUGCCAGGUGAGGUAAGCAAGGAGAGCACACACCCACCUGGCGCACACGUGCACGGUCAUGUUUACCCCGGAAAGUCAGUUCAAGAAGUAACCCCUAAGUCUCCUAAGUCUCCAAAGCACGUUGCCUCAGUUGAAAUCCCUCCAACACCACUUGAGAUACACAUACCCAGGACAGUGUUCUACGGUGUGGGGGUGGCAUUAGAGAAGAAAAGGCCAAGCCUCCAAAGCGAAGACAACCAGAGCUGCGAAGGAGAGGGAGGGAAAGGUGUUGAGAGGAGGGAUAGUUGGAGGAUCGGCAAGCCUUUGUCUCGCAUCGAAUCCCUGCGAGAGAAAAUCCGCCAGAGAGAGAAGGAGAGGCUGAGGAACAUGGAGGGAGCGGCAGCAACGGGGGAUGAUGGCGAUACGACUGAGGGAAUGAACAAGGCUGGGACUAGAAGGGUUAGAAGAGCUUCAAGUUCAGAUAGGUGUGAGGAAGCAGAGAGGGGGAACGAAAUGGAGCGAGAGAGACAGAGACAGGAAGGCUCUGCACCACAGACAACAUCCACUCAGUUUGACGUCACACAGGAAGUGAGCGUGUCGAAAGCCGACCCUGAGCUUCCUGUUCCUCUCUCGUUCUUGCAAUCUGUCAAAGGAGAGGAAGAAACCAGGGGGAUCUCCAUCGCAGCCUCCGAAGUAACCUCGUUCAGCUCUCACACGAUCGAGAGAGAGGAAGAUCCAACAAAACAUGUAGUAGAUGAGUUACGGUGUGACAGGGGUCAGCAGAGAAAACAGGACACCAGAGGCAGAGGAGGAGAAGAAGGCGAGGAUAAACUCUCGGAGGAAGAGGACAGGCUGCUUUAUCUGCCUCCUUCACACUCUCCCUCGCCCUCAGACUCUCUCUCCCCUGCUCUUGCUGAGAUGAGCCGGAUCUAUAACUUGAAAACAGUGGGGUCCAGGACGACGAUGUGCAUGAGUGAGAGGACCGUGGAUAGGCCUAUACCAUCACACACACCCAAGGUACAGUCACACAUAUCAGCAGAACAACAGGAGCCAAGCAGUCCAGAGAGAUCAGUUGGGAGGCUGACACAGAAGCAGCUGUGGGGUGGUGGUGGGGCAUCUGGGAAUAAGGCCUCUUCAAGUGAUGAGAAGUCCAGACUUCAAACUGUACAGCAUCAGGUGGAACAGCUUCAGUUGCGAGAUCAACAGGAAGUACAGAGACUAUCACACGACAACAACGCAGCACAGUCGUCUUUUAGUAAAAAAACGAUUUUGAAAGAUAAAGAGUCUAAAGCUCAGCAAAGCCCCAGGAUAUCACACAACCAGCCUAAUAAGGAACCUCAGCAGAUGCAUCCGAGGCAGAAGGAUCAGCAAACACCCCUAAGUCCCAGAAAAACUCAGUCUAAUCCGCAACUGCACUCUGAAAGGCCUCCUCAACCCAAUCAGCCCCGAUCCAUUACCAUCAACUCCAGAUCUCUCCUGACCCCCUCUCCUGAGAACUCAUUACACCCAGACCAGGGAGUCCCACCCACCCCAUCACCCUCCCCAUCCCAGUCCCCCUCUGUCUCUCCCUCCUCAUCCCCUUCUCUGACCCAUCGCACCAUCAGAAGCUCCUCUGGAGGCCAGCAGGUCAAGAGGGGCACCACCAUCACCAUCACCCCCAGGAAGCCUGUUGGAGGGGCAGCCGUGGAAUCGGUUUCAGUAUCCUCAGGACCCCCGGCCAAGAUGUCUGCCCAGGCCCAGAUGCCUGUCCUUACCGAGGUAGUAGAGAGAGGCAAGAAGAGGUACCCCACUACAGAGGAGAUCGAAGUGAUCGGCGGGUAUCAGAACCUAGACAAGUCCUGCCUGGUCAAGACUCCCAAAGGGACUCCCAAAGGGGUGAAGGUGUGUUUCGACGAGACCCAGCUGGAGCAGGUGUGUGAAUACCCAUCAGAGACCUCCAUGCUGGCCUUUACCCCCUACCCCAUACCUGGUCAGGAGAAAGGGAAGGAGGACGAGGUGCAGGAGGAAGAGGAGGAGGAGCGAGGAGUGUUUGGGUCUGGGAGCAGCAGGAACGUGGGAGCAGCGGCUGGCCUGAGGGAGCUGAGAGUAGAUGAGUCUUGCCAUCGGUAGACGUCAGCUCGCCAAAUUGCACAAGUGAUGUGUUUAAUAUUUGAUUUUAUAUAGCAAUAUGAUUUUUGUUUUCCUGUAUUUUGUUUCUUUAAAAUUAUAGAAUUAAUGUUGGUAAUCUUUUUUGAUGUUCAAUGUUUUAUUUUAAAUAGGGUCAAGGACUUUUGGUUUAGAAUAAAAAAUUAUGGUUUUAUGGAGUUUAUGAGUUGAAUGGUGGCGCUUGUAGCGGAGCAUGACUGGCAUUUUUUAUGUAUUUUUACUUCUCUAUUUCAAGGUAAAAGUGAACAAUAAACUUUACAACAGCACUGUAACGAUUCAGGCUGCAUUCCCUCUAGUGCACUACUUUUGACCAGAGUGCUAUGGGCCCUGGUCAAAAGUAGUGCACUCUAAAGGGAUUAGGAUGUCAUUUUGGACACAUCCUCAGAUAUGCUUAUAUUAUCUGGUCUCUGUGCCUGCUGGAUUUUCUCAUACAGAUUAUAUAAAUAUCAGGUCAUCUACAACUGCAAGAUGUAUUUUGAAUCUUGUAAACACCCCUCAAGUGCCUUCAGAAAGUAUUCAUACACCUUGACUUAUUCCACAUUUUGUUGUGCUAAAGCCUGAAUUCAAA